UUCCUGUGAAGUAUCAAAAAACAAAGUUUAAUUGUUCUAAAAUUGAUUUGAAAAAUAGUCUAUAUUCGUUAAUAUUGUAAUAUUUGAUUUAAAAUUCAGUUCGAACAAAAAUAAAUACUAUUCGCAGAAGCCUAAUAACUAGUGAUGGGUCGAGUCACCCUAUUUCAGCAUCGAGUCGAGUUCGAGUUAAACAAAGAAAUUUAUCUUCGAGUCGAGCUCGAGUCGAACUCAUAGAAAUUUGUCUUCGAGUCGAACUCAAGCCGAACUCAUGGAAAUUUGUUGAGAUGAGUCAAACUUAGCGAGGUUCAAGUGGCAGAAUGAUGAGCGAAAUAAAUAUAAGUUAAAUAUUUCUCAAUAUAAUAUAUGUAAUUAAAUAUGAAAACUUUGAAUUAUUGAAGGUUUCCCUACACAUUUUGAUUUUUGUAUUUUUUUUUAAUCUUCAUACUGACGCUUUAAGUGAAAAUGCACAUCCAAGUGACGAAUCAGACGUGAAUUUGAUGAUGACUGAGUCUUGUAUUUUUUGCAGCAUUUGCAUUUAGCUGUCUGAUGAUCAAAUUUUUCAAAAAAUUCCCAAAUCUCUGCUUUUGAUUUCUAUUCGUCACUUUUUGACGUCCCAGGCCGUACAAACAUAUCUAUUCCACUAAUACUAAGGGCCGGUUUCACCAGUCGAGUUGAAAAUCCCGAUGAUGUUAUCGAGAUAAAAAGUUAAUCUUCCAUUUCUAUCUCGAUAAAGUUAUAUGUGUUUCACCACAUAUUAUCUUUCUCUGAGAAAAUCGAGAUAAGUUUAACUCGAUCUUCUGAAAUUAUCGCGAUUUUCUGUUUGUAAACACCUUUCGUUAUCAAAGUUUGGCUAGAAAUUUCGUAGGCUAUUAUGGCGAGCCAAGGCUGUAAUUUGUCAAAGAAGCAGAGAAAUAAAAAUACAUCGCAGCAGGAGAAAUACAUUCUUUUAGAUUUAGUAACUGAACAUUUCAAUAUCAUUGAAAAUAAAAAAACAGAUGGUGUUUCACAGCAACAAAAAAUGAAGCAGUGGCAAAUACUUGCAGAUACUUUCAAUUGUAUGUCUGGAGAACAUCACAGGACUGCAGAAAAUUUAAAAGCGGUGUGGGAGAAUCUCAAAAAGCACACGCGAAAGACUUCUGCUGAUCAACGAGUUCAAGUAUUAACUGGAACAGGUGGAGGUCCUUCAAAAACAGUUAGUAAGGAUCCCAUUUGUGAGAGAGUGCAGAGCCUAAUCAAACCGACUAUCGAUGGUGCCAAGAAUCCCUUCGAUUCAGAUUCAGAUGCAAUAAUAUUACCAUUUGAUGCAUCAAAUAGGCCUACUGAUGAGGAUGACAGCAUUCAACUGGAUGUCGGAGCAGAAGUGGAUGUUUCUUUCGUGGAGACGGCAGAGACAGUAACUCUUCCAAAUGGCGACUGGACGCAUUAUACUCCAGCCAUGCUCAGCAGUCCUGUGUGUUCUGCCCUUCGACACUCCAAUAACAACUCGGCUAUCACAAACACAGUGCAGACCAAUACUACUGAUUCAUGCAGUGCAAGUAGUGGGAAGGCAAUGCCUCCUAGCAGUAGGGGAAAUGCUUCAGUGCAAUCUCCCUUUACUAGCAAGCGGCGACCAACCCCGGCCACCAAAGUGAAAGAAGUAAGUGCUGUCAAUGCAGCAAAAAUCGAACUAAUUGAACUUGCAAAAAAACAUGCAAUCGAGGAAAAAGAAGUUAUGAAAGAAAUCUGGGAACUGCGGUUACAACAAGAACGAGAAAAAGUAAAGCAGGAAAAGCUGCAAACUGAACUUUUAUCUUUACAAAUCUUGAAAAUAAAGAAAGAACUAGAACAUUUGCAGUAAUUUAAUUGUUCUUAUGUAUUAAACAUUUGCUCAACUAUCAUGACAUAAUUGUUAUAUAUUACAUGUAUAUUUACAAAGUGAUAUUCAUUGUGCCUAUUAACAAACAGUUUCAAGUACAAAUGUUAAGAAUUAUAUAAAAGAUAAUACAUGUUCGCUUAUGUCACAUUAUUUUGUAUGAUCUAAGCAGUUUUACAAUGCAAAUGUAUUAAAAUAUUCCAUACAUCUUGCUAUAUGUAGUUAUUUUCACCAGCAAAUCUUCAAGUUGAUGGCAUCUCUGUGUGACAUAUAGAUCAGUAUGACCUACAACAAACUGAAAAUACACAGAGUGAUAAAUAAUCGUAUCUUAAAUAAGUAUUACAACACACACACACAUAUAUAGGUAUUUAAUUAUAGGUAUAUGUAAAUUUCAUUUACCUCCUGAAAUAGUUUUCAAUCAGUAAAUGCCUGACACUGUCAUAUCUGGGCCUUCUGUUUGCAUUUUCGUUGUUCUGCUGUACAUUUCCUUCCUCAAGCAACUGUUGCCAAGGGAGGUGGAGAUUGAGGUUAGGGUCGUCUGGAGGGAGUUCUUCCCCAGUUUGUCGCAGGAUAUUAUGCAGCACCCCAGUCGCUACAAUGAUGGCAAACGAAUGUUCUAAUGACACUCUCAAUCCUAAAGAUAAGACUGGGAAACGUCGCUUCCAGCAACCGAAUGUUCGCUCUACAGGAUUUCUUGACCUAAUUUGCGACUCAUUAAAUAGGUGUUCCUGUGGACUUCUGGGAUUAUCUAAUGGAGGCAUUAGAUAUGACCUACAAGCAUAGCCCGCAUCAACAAGUAGUACAGAAUCACCAUACUCCCCUCUCUCAAAACAUGCCCUUCUGUUGCUAUUGUUGAAUAUGGUACUAUCAUGUGAGGAACCAGGCCAUCGUGCAACAAUAUCUGUAAUUUCCAAUUUUGUAUUACAAAUUACUUGCACAUUCACAGAGAAGUAACCUUUUCUGUUACGGUAGAAUUCUGCAUUGUUUCCACCUGCAACAAACAUAAAACAAGCUUGUAUGUGGAUUGCAAUGUUUAAUAAAAAGGUAGCAUAAAAUCAGUGUUUAAACCAACCUGGUGACUGGAUUUUUACAUGAGUGCAAUCCAUAGCACCAAUAGCCCUGGGAAAUUUAGCAAUUGCAUAGAAAUCCCUUUGUGCUAAAUUCAGUUCUUCCAUCGUCUCUGGGAAUUUAAUGAACUGCGGUCGAAGAGAUGCAAUUGCGGAGCUAACCCUAUGUAUUAUUCGGUGAGCUGUGGGUUUACUAAAGCCAGCAUAAUCCCCAAUGGUUAGCUGGUUACAGCCUGUAGCAUAAAAUCGAAGUGUAGCCAGCAGUUGGUUCAUUGGCGACACUGACAUAUUCCUGUGAAAGACGAAAAAAGUAUGUUGAAGGUUGUAAUGUAAUGUUCGUAUAAAUGAGUUUUAUUUUACUUGUCUAUGAUUUCAUAUACAUAUUUAUUAUUCUACAGAAACAAUUAACAUUAGGAAAUAAUAUUAAUAUAAACUUACUUUUCGGGAAACUGUAGUUGAUUUUCCAUAAGUUCCAAAACAAACAUAGUCGACUGUUUUGAAAGGCGAAAAUGUAUUUUAAAGUCUUCUUCAUCAUACAUUUCAAAAUAAUCGCUUCUAUCUCGCAUCCAUCGUGGCCGACGAACAAUGGCAUCUUCUUCAUCACUUUCAUCUUCAAAAAUCAAAUUGUACAUGCCUCGAGCCAUUACAAUUUUUAAAAUCUCCUCUCGUCACUUCGUUUUACAAUAUUAUCUCGAUAAUAAGACUUUAACCACGAAAAUCGGUGGUUAAAAUAUUUUAUCUCGAUAACACUAAAAGAUCGAGAUAUUCGGAGUGGUGAAACGGGAUAUUCGGUUAAUCUGGAUAAUUCAUUACUUUAUCGAGAUAAUUUCGCUUGGUGAAACCGGCCCUAAACCGUUUAUGAUUAAUACGACGCCGGCGAAGCAAACUCAAGUGUAAACAUAAACUUCAGCAGCCUCAAUUUUCCGUUCGGCCAUGGAAAACUGGUUGGAGAUUUCAAUUAUUGUUGAUAUCAAUUUGCCAAAGUGGCAACAUUCCCUGGCUGUAUGAUGACUUACGUAGGCCAUUGGCCCGGAGUUAAAAUGGCGGCUAUCUAGUGUUUAGUAGUAAAUAUUAUUUGGACGGCUUUUAUAUAAAAAGAACCAAGCGCCAUUUUUUACAUUUUUGAGAUAUACCCAUAACUGAAUGCAUGAAACACGCUAAAUUCUUUAAAAAAAUAGACCAAAGUGAUAUCUAGACUGUGCUGCUAUUUGUGAGCACUUGAACCAACAACCAUUUUGCAUAGAGGUUUUCUACUUUUAUUUAAACUGAACCAAGUGACAUUUGGCGGUUGGUUCUGUUUAAAGAAUAUUUAAUGUGUAUUUUCUUUCUUGAUUUAAAAAGAACCACGUGAUAUUAUGGUGAUUCAACAGUGAUAAUAUUGUGAAAUCAAACAGCUGCUGGAUUCAAUUUGUUUUUAAUUCAAUGUAGAUUUUGAAAUACUUGAGGGUACAAAAUUCUGUAAGUUAAUAUUAGAUUUGUUAUUGUGUGUGUUUUUUUUUUUAACAAGAUCAUGAUGUAUAUUGUCAAAAGGAUCAUACAAAUGAUGAUGAAGACUGGGAUGAUAGUGUUCAAGAUCCAGACUACACUCCACAUUUAGAUUCAGGCAAUGAAGGUGAACAUAGAGAGACCAAAGACAUAGAGGAAGAGAAUAAAAAUAAUAGUAAUGUACCUGAAAAGUUAGAUGGGCAAACGACUCAAAAUAAGAAAGGAGGUAGACCUAAAAAGAUGAGAAAACGAAAGCAUGUAAGUCAAACAUGCCAGUCACGGAAAAAUCUAAAAGACAGCAUCAAACCUCAUUUCGUAGUUAAAGGUACUUACUUUAGUCCCAAGAAAUUCAAUGAUUUUAAUUGCAACUACCCCAAACGAUGCAAAGACAAUGUUAAUAUUGAUUCUAGAAAAAAAAUUAAUUUUGGGAUUUAGGAUUUUAUGAUUGCCAGACUGCUUUCAUUGCUGCACAUAUUCAAGAGGUAAAUGUUAAAAGAAAGAGGUCAUCAUCUAACAAACGACAAUACACUAGAAAAUACGAACUGGACAAAGUGAAUGUCUGCAGAGAAAUGUUUACUCAUGCCUUGGGAGUAUCAACAAAACGAGUCAACACAUCACUGAACAAAAUUCGCUCCGAUUGUGUAACUGACAAGAGAGAAACUCAAAGAAAAGGUGUGCCUCGAAUUUCUCCCGUUGAAAUUCAAAAAAUUAAGGAUCACAUCAACAAGUUUUGUAGGUAUAAAUCACACUACUGUCGGCGAGUGAGUGGUGAUACACAAUACCUAUCUACAGAACUUACAGAAUCAAAAAUGUAUUAAUUAUACAGAGAGAAAAAUGAAGGAAAUGGAGCAGUAAGUUUUAGUUGCAACAGAAUGAUACUUCACAGAGAUUUUAAUAUCAAACGGAAAAAGCUGAAAAAAGAUACAUGCAAUGCAUGUGACAGAUUUCAUGCAGCAAUGCAAAACUGCAACAACAUUGAAAAGAAAACAAUUAUGAAUGAGUUAAAUGUGCAUCAGUCAGAAGCUGAAGAAGCAAGAGAUGCAAUGAAUCGUGAGCUUAAGACUGCAAAGGAAUGUGAAAAUGUGGAAAUGUUAUGUUAUGACAUGGAGAAAACAUUGCCUCUGUCUAGAAUCCCAACAAGGGAUGGGUACAAGGCACUGCCGGAAGAGAUGCCCAAGAAGUGGGUUCCAGCUUGCGAAAGCAUAUUGUUACUCAUGUCGGAAGGAAUGUCACAGACAUCAUUUUGUGGUCUGACUCGUGUGGGGGCCAGGAUAUGAAUAUCAAAAUGGUACUAAUGAUGAACACAUUGUUUGGUGAUCCAAACUCACUGAAUUCUGUGACACUUAAGUAUUUAGUUUCAGGUCACACCUCCCGAAUAAUUCUGAUUUUGGCGAUGUGGAAUCUGCCCUAAAACAACAGCGACUAUAUACUUUGGAGGACUACAUAAAGGUAAUGGAAGGAUGCCGUAAAAAGAGAAAAUUUGUUGUGACACAAAUGCAGAAUGACGACUUUAAAGGGACCAGUGAAAUAGAGAAAGAGAUCACCAACAGGAAGAUUGACACAGAAGGAAAUAAAA